AGUAAAAACAAAUAAUACUUGCAAUUCUUGAUUUGAUUCUUCUGUAUCUUUCAAAUAAGUACAUAUAAUUAUUCUAUGUAGUAUUAAAAAUUAGGAUUAUUAUUAACUGAAUUGAAUUGAAAACCGAUUGAAAAAACAUGUAUAAGGCGGCGCCACUGGAUUGUACCAUAGCAACUCAUCUCGAUGUCGUCGUGAAAGCUUUCAACACUAUGAGUCAGUGAAGUGUAUCUGUCGGACAGUGGCGUGAAAAUGGCGGUGUAAAAUGGCAGGACGUAGAUCGACGUUGACAAAUGCCGAUUCCCUGUCGGGAUCUGGAAACACUGAUCCUUUGAGGGAAUUAUUUGAAGCAUGUAAAACUGGAGACCUUACGAGGGUGAAGGCGUUGGUUACACCGAAGACGGUCAAUGCUCGAGACACUGCCGGACGCAAGUCCACCCCCCUGCAUUUUGCAGCUGGUUAUGGUAGGAUAGAUGUAGUAGAAUUUCUGCUUUCUGCUGGAGCAUCUAUUCAAGCACGUGAUGAUGGAGGUUUACAUCCCUUACAUAAUGCUUGUUCUUUUGGACAUUCUGAUGUUGUAAGACUUCUCUUAGAAGCAGGAGCUAAUCCUAACACUAGAGAUAAUUGGAAUUACACUCCUUUACAUGAAGCUGCAAUUAAAGGUAAAAUAGAUGUUUGUAUUGCUCUGCUACAACAUGGAGCAGAUGCUAAUAUAAGAAAUACAGAAGGAAAAACAGCAUUAGAAUUGGCAGAUCCUGCAACCAAACCAGUAUUAACAGGAGAAUAUAAAAAAGAUGAAUUAUUAGAAGCAGCAAGAUCUGGAAAUGAAGAACGCCUUUUACAACUUUUAAAUCCUUUGAAUGUAAAUUGUCAUGCAAGUGAUGGCAGAAGAUCUACUCCAUUGCAUUUAGCUGCUGGAUACAAUAGAUCUAGAUUAGUGCAGAUUUUAUUACAAAAUGGUGCAGAUGUACAUGCAAAAGAUAAAGGAGGUCUUGUUCCACUUCACAAUGCUUGUUCAUAUGGUCACUUUGAAGUAACUGAAGCACUUCUUAAACACGGUGCAGCAGUUAAUGCCAGUGAUUUAUGGGCAUUUACUCCAUUACAUGAAGCUGCUAGCAAAUCCAGAGUCGAGGUGUGCUCAUUACUUUUAAGUGAAGGUGCCGAUCCGACUCAAUUAAACUGCCAUAGUAAAAGCGCCAUUGAUGUAGCCCCGACAUUGGAAUUACAAGAAAGAUUGGCAUACGAAUACAAGGGACACUGCCUCUUGGAUGCCUGCAGGCAGGCAGAUCUUACUAAAUUAAAAAAGUACCUGUCCCCAGAAGUUGUAAACUUUAAACACCCUUAUACUAGGGAUACACCACUGCACUGUGCCGUUGCAUCUCCUUAUCCCAAGAGAAAACAAGUAAUAGAAUCUUUAAUUAGGAAAAAUGCUGCCUUAAAUGAGAAAAAUAAAGACUUUCUUACACCUCUUCAUGUUGCUACUGAUCAUUCUCAUUAUGAUGCAAUGGAUGUGCUACUUAGACAUAAUGCAAAAGUCAAUGCUUUAGAUGGAUUAGGGCAAACUGCACUACACAGGUGUGUUAGAGAAGACAAUGUGCAAGCUUGCAGAAUAUUGUUAUCAUACAAUGUUGAUCCAUCUAUAGUAUCACUUCAGGGCUAUACUGCAGCACAAGUAGCUGCAGAAAAUGUCCUUAAAAUAUUACAAGACCCACCAAGUGGGACAGACGAUGCGGAAGCGCAAUUGUUAGAAGCAAGUAAAUCUGGUGAUUUAGCAGCAGUAGAAAGAAUUUUACGUACGAAUCCAUUGGCUGUUAAUUGUCGUGAUUUAGAUGGUCGACACUCCACACCGCUGCAUUUUGCAGCGGGAUUUAAUAGAGUGCCCGUAGUCGAAUAUUUAUUGGCACAUGGAGCAGAUGUACACGCCAAAGAUAAAGGUGGACUUGUUCCUUUACACAAUGCCUGCUCUUAUGGUCAUUACGAAGUAACGGAAUUGUUAGUAAAACAUGGUGCAUCAGUGAAUGUUGCGGAUUUAUGGAAAUUUACUCCACUUCACGAAGCUGCUGCUAAAGGAAAAUACGAAAUAGUUCGCUUAUUAUUAAGACACGGAGCAGAUGCGACUAAAAAAAAUAGAGAUGGUGCAACACCUUUAGAUUUGGUAAGAGAUGGUGAUCAAGAUGUAGCCGACUUACUACGAGGGAAUAGUGCACUUUUAGAUGCAGCAAAAAAAGGAAAUUUAGCGAGAGUGCAACGACUUGUUACACAAGAUAAUAUUAAUUGCAGAGAUGCACAAGGUCGUAAUAGUACUCCAUUACACUUAGCUGCGGGAUAUAAUAAUUUGGAAGUAGCCGAAUUUUUGCUUGAACGUGGAGCAGACGUAAAUGCUCAAGAUAAAGGAGGAUUGAUUCCAUUGCAUAAUGCUUCAAGUUAUGGUCAUUUAGAUAUAGCUGCAUUACUUAUUAAAUAUAAUACUGUAGUAAACGCUACUGACAAAUGGGGCUUUACACCACUUCAUGAAGCAGCUCAGAAAGGCAGGACGCAGUUAUGUGCCCUUCUUUUGGCUCAUGGUGCAGAUCCUUUUUCAAAAAAUCAAGAAGGACAAACUCCUUUAGAUCUUGCUAGUGCUGAUGAUGUAAGAUGCUUAUUGCAAGAUGCUAUGGCUUCACAACAAGUAGUACCAUCGAUACCAUCUGGUAAUAAUGGCGUUGGAGUUGCCAUUAAUUUAAAUAAUAAUGGUAAUAAUACCAUUAACAGUAGGCCGCCCAGUAUCGUUGCGGGUAAAUAUAUUUUAAUAAUUACAAUUAUAUAUUAUAUUUUUAUAUUUAUAUAUAUUUUAUAUUUUAUUAUUGAAAAUUGUUUAUUAUUAGUUCCAGUUACACCACCACCAUCACUUACUCAAGAAACCGUAAUUAUGCCUUCUGGUACAGCUAUGACUUUGUGUGUACCACUUGCAAGACCAUCUUCUUGUUUAAGUCCAAUGCCACCAUCAGAAAUAUGUUCCGAAAGGGAUUCCAAAGAUUCUAAAGAUAAUUCAAAUAUUACAACUGUGUCUGGUUUCCUUCAGAGUCUCAGUUUAGAACAUUUAUUAGAAUUAUUCGAACGUGAACAAAUUACAUUAGAUAUAUUAGCAGAGAUGGGUCACGAAGAUUUAAAACAAGUUGGAGUGUCUGCAUAUGGUUAUAGACACAAAUUAAUCAAAGGCAUGGAAAAACUUCUAAACACGACUGCUGGUACUCCUUGGCAACCGACCAUUACGCCAGGAACAUUGUUGGUAGACUUAUUAGCAGAGGAUAAAGAAUUUUUAGCUGUAGAAGAAGAAAUGCAAAGUACAAUUAGACAACAUAGGGAUAAUGGUCAUUCUGGUGGUAUAUUUUCUCGAUAUAAUAUAGUUAGGAUACAAAAAGUGCAAAAUCGUAAAUUAUGGGAACGUUAUGCGCAUAGAAGACAAGAAGUAGCUGAAGAAGUUGGUGCAGCAGCACCUUCUUCUCCAAGUACUGGAUCUAGAACUACUCCUGGAUCAAGUUUACCACAAGCAAAUGAGAGAAUGUUAUUUCAUGGUAGUCCAUUUAUUAAUGCCAUCGUUCAAAAAGGUUUCGAUGAACGACAUGCGUAUAUUGGCGGUAUGUUUGGCGCUGGAAUUUAUUUUGCUGAACAUAGUAGCAAAAGUAAUCAAUAUGUAUAUGGAAUAUGUGGUGGUACUGGUUGUCCUGCUCAUAAAGAUCGAAGUUGUUAUAUCUGUCACAGACAUUUAUUACUCUGUCGUGUCACAUUGGGAAAGUCAUUUCUGCAAUUCUCUGCAAUGAAAAUGGCUCAUGCACCACCUGGACAUCAUAGCGUAAUGGGUAGACCAUCUCAAGGUGGUUUAGCUUUCCCCGAAUAUGUUGUAUAUAGAGGUGAACAAGCAUAUCCCGAAUAUCUUAUCACAUACCAAAUAGCAAGACCUCAACAAGAAAAUGGUGGAAACGAAAGUGUCGAAGAACGGUGAUCAGAAGAGUCUAGCCCAGCGGCAAGAUUACGAAGUCUUUGUUGCUGCCAAAGACCUCGAACGUGUAACACUCUAUCUUGAAUCUGGUUAAAACAAAUUAUGAUUUCAUUUUGGAAUCAAUUCUUCCAUUUUUUAUCUUCUUUAAGUGAAAUAGAGAAAAUAAUUCGAAUGAAUCUAUAAUACAGUGAUAGGUGAAUUUCAAUGAUAUACGUGGACUAGUCAAUAAGUAAAUUAUUUCCUUUAAAAAAAAGUGAAUUUAUUUAUUUAUUUAUUUAUUUUUACGAGAAAAUAUUUAAAUUUAGUUUCGUUUCUUUAAAAAAUUUGCAUCCGAUUUCAUUUUGCAUAAAGAUGAUCUUCAUAUUAAUAUACAUGAUUUUCAUGUGAUCAUAUCUUUCUUUUUCGAGAAAACAUAAAAAUCGAACAAAUGAUAAAAACACAUUAGGAAUAAUUUUUUAUCAAGAAUUUUAUAGCAUAUAUCUCAAAUUUCGAUAUAUUUGUUACAUUAUAUUUUAUGCUUAUAUAAUGUACAAUUAAGUUAAUAUUUAUAUUAAAAAUAAUUGUCAAUAGCUAGUAACAAUUCCAUAUCUCUUUAAAAAAAAAUGGGGAAAGAUAACUUAUUUAUUGACUAAGCUACAUAUAUAUAUCGAAUCUAUUCAUUUAAUAUUGAAAAAAAAAGAAGACAAUUGAUAGGAUAUUUAAUUUUUAGCAUUUAUUUUGUGAUAAUAUACUGGUCUAAUUCGACCAUGCAAUCAUAUACAUGCCUGAUUAUUGAUGUAUAUUGACUGCAGUGUACAUAUAUCAGUAUGAAUUAGAAUAUGUCGAAGACCAGCAUGAUUUUUUAUGUAAAUUUAUGUGUCGAUGAACGUAUGUUUAUAAUGUUACAUACGGAACAAUGUUUUAAUUAUCACAUCUAUUUGUCAGUUGAUUCCAGUGUGAUAUAAAAUAUCUUUAAAAAAAUCAUAUAAGUUUAAUGAAAAAAAAAGAUAUAAUAUUUCUAUAUCUCUGUCAAUUUUGAAGUAAAUAAUUAUGCUGGUUAAAGCAAUUAUUUCAAUUACAUGCGUUAUAGGUAAAGUCUGUGAACAAAUAUUUAAUUUGUAAAUAAGUAAAAUACGUUAUAUAUAUAUAUAUAUAUAUAUAUAUAUAUAUAUAUAUAUAUAUAUAUAUAUAUAUAUAAAAAUAAGUUUUCAGAAUAAUAUAAUUAUGAGCACAAUUUAUAGAAUGGAGUCAAUUUAUUGAUGAAGUUAUGUGUGUAUGUGAAGAAAUAUCUUUCUAAUAUCAAGACGAAUUAAUUGAAUCGAAUUACAGAUGACUCCGUUCACGAUAGAUUAAUUAAAAUAAUUAAUACAACGAAUGGUAUUAUAUUUAGUAUUCAAAUCGCACAGAAAUCUUCGUUUCAUCGCAUAAAAUUCAAUUCAAAUUUUCACUUUAAAUUGAAUUGUGGACUUUACCUUUAACAUGUAUAUAUAUAAUAUGUAUGCGAGUAUUUUAUAUAUUCGGUUGAUAUUUCGGACAUAGAAUAAAUUCAUUCGUGUUAUCGACAUUAUCAACAGGGUUCCUAUAAGCUCAUAAUAAUUUCGAAUACUGUAUAUAAAUAUAUAUUUUAUUGUACGUACAUUUUUUUCUUUUCCACGAUACACAUCGAUGAUAUUCGCGUUUUUAUUAUUUCUUUACCUAUAAGUUUGGAUUUUCUUUCUCAGGUGAUGAAUAAUAUAUGUUAUAUUUUUUUGUUCAAUUUUUAUAGCAAGUAUAUAUUUUCAUUUCUUAAAAUACACAACGAAACCACUCUUUUCUUGUACGUCUAUGAUCGUAUAAACAUUAAAAUUAAAAAUAAAAUCGAAAUAUUUUAAUGUCAAUAUUAUUAAUACCAAUAUAUAUUGAUUAAAUAAAUUAAUCAAUAUAUCAUGAUUUUAUAUAUUUUAUAUAUAAUAUAUAAAAGAAAAAAAUGAAUUUAAUAUUCUAAUAAAUAAAAAAGCAUUUUUAUUAUUAUUUAUUGCUAAAUUGAUCUCUUUAGGUAAUAAAAAAAAUCUUGCUUCGAUUGAUAUUAUUUUUAUGUUUGUGUUAAAUAUGAAAAUAUUUUAUAAUAAAAAAGAAAAAAAAAAUAUACAAAUUUAAAAUGUGAAGUACAAGAAAAUAGAUGUUUUUUACGGUAUCCGGACACACUCUUAAUAAUUAUUUAGGUGACGGUUUUAUUUAUGGGUAUAUAUAUUGAAUAUGUGUUCGAUAAAAAGUGCUCAAGAAACUGAUGCAACAAAUCAACAUUUGUUAAUUCUGCGAUCUUACACGAAGACAUGAAGUAAUCAAGUAUUGUAAACUAACAUAUGAAGUAAUUUUGUUCUUGUAUUUACUGUAUUCGACAGUCAAUGAGCGUAUUUAAUUAUUAUGCUUUGACUGUAAAAAGAUAGACUGAUUCUAAGAAAGAAAAAAAUGUUACAUGUUUUACUGUUACAUCGAUUUUAUAUUUUCUUUUCUUCGUUUUCACUUUAUUUCUUAUUUUAAAUUUAAAAAAUAUAUAUAUUUACGUUUAAAUAAACGUAAAUCAUAAAGAAAAUAAUUGAGAGAAAAAUAUCAAAUUAAAUUUUUUUUUUGUAUAGACAUUUUAAAUGUAUCAAAUUUUCAUUUCUAAUGUUGUCACUUGUGACAACAAAUUUAACGAAGCAAGCUACAGAAUAAUAGAAAGUUUUAUAUUGACAAAAAUUUUACACUGUAGCUGAGUGUCGUAUUACCAAAAGAGCUCAUUUAUAUUUAUGUUUAUAUAUAUUGCAAUGAAAAAAAAUAAUUUUAUUUUGAUUAUUAAAUAAUUCGUAUACAUUUUUUAAUAAGUUAUACGUCAUAGACGCUUUUAUUUUAUCAAGAAUAUAAGGUAAUACUAUGUUUUUAA